AUGCGUGGCAUUGUCCUUCUUUGCAACCUGUUGGACGGGAAUCCUGUCAUCAAAUUUAUCCCGUUCCCCGAAUCAAGGGUUAGCUUUCUCGACGAGGAUGGCCACCCUGAGCUCGCCCCUCAGUAUUAUUGCAAUGUUGCCUGCUCCGGCGAUCUCAUCAAAUUCAUCGAGGUAGAAUUUGAUGACCCUGUUGUCAGGACCAGCGGUAUAGGUUGGAGAGCCACUGUGUGGGAGAGGAAGUUCUCCUGGGACAAGUGGGAGAUCCGCUCCACGGUCGAUGUUGCUAACAUCUCAGUUGACCAAAGUUUUUCUGCUGUAUUGCCUGGGCUGUGGUGUGAUGAGACCCAAAAACUGGACUUGAAGAAACUUAUUUUCUAUACCCCGCUGCCGAGCAGGCGUGAUGACGAUCUUUUUUACAUGGUGGCUAAGGUGAAUGCUGACGACGAGACUGCCUGGGCCAUCGCAGUUGACAUGGAAAGGGCAGGUGUGGAAGCAAUGGUCCAGUUCUCUCUUGGACGGUACACGUACCACAUUGCAAUGUACUCUUCAUGCGACUUCCCCAAGUACCUCAACAUGACCCCAGGGGCAGGCAUGGAUAAUCCAGCGGACAAGUGCUCUAAGCGGAUGUCUGUUGCCAGGUUGAGUGCAAAGCAGUGUGUGGUGCAAGUUCUGCGGACUCUAGACUGGCUUCAAGAACUUGAUCAAUGCUUGGAAAUUGAGAGGUCAACUGACAACACAUACAGAUUAUUACUUCAGUUUUCUCCAGUAUCAUCUCUGCGUUCCAGUAUCAGACCAAUGGUAAAAUAUGCUAAUGAUCAAGGUGAAGCUGCAUCGAAGGCUGUGGAUUUUUGCCGAAGAGCUUUGGAAGAUUUCGACUUGGCUCUACACGGAUCACCGAGUGAUCCUUCAGCAUCCGUUGAAGCCAUGCGUAGCAAAAUCAGUGAUGUCAUUCAAGCUUUGGACAAGUACAAGAAAAUGAGUGGCCUCUCUUCUUUAUUAUUAAACGGAGCCCUUAGUGAUUUUAAUUUUGUACCUGGUUCAAUUGUUUCAGCAUCAUGCAAAUUGUGCCAUCAACACUGA